GUUUUCUUCAGUAUAGCACCGAAUAGUGUCUAUUACCUUUGGUCAAAAAGCCGAGCAAGUGAACCGACUAGCAGACGAUGAUGUAUCAGAGCCGGGUCUGCAAGUCCUGCGAACCAUGCAGGGCUCGUAAAGUACGGUGCAUCGUCUCCCCGGAGGACCCUUCCAGAUGCACGCAUUGUAUUAAGCGUGAUGAGCAUUGCGAGUUCAAACAAGCUAGGCGCAGGUUCAAGCCUCAGAUCCAAAGAGCAACCAGCGAGCUGUCGCUCCUAAGUCUGGGUCAUGGUACCAGGGAACACAAGGAUGGACAGAUUAAACCAGUCUUCGCACCAUUAUUUGUGGACCAGUUAUUGGAUAGCCAACCCAUCCAGGGUGUGACUCAAGAUGAAAUCCAUGUGCUAAGGGCGCAGGAAAAUGAAGUGUGCAGCUCGAAUCUUGCUUUCUUUUCCGAUAUGAAGAUCCAAUCACUGACACAGAAACUGGGAAAUUCUCGCCUGAAAGAACUGGUCGAUGGUAUUGAAGCAAUCAUUGAGGGCCGCGUUACCGCACAGGGAGCGACAACUAUUUCCCCGGUUACGUUCAAAAAACCACUCAGCUCCACGCGUAUCUCCGGGGGAUUGACGCGGGUCUAUGUAGAUGUCUACUUCAAGCGUAUCCAUCCGAUGUACCCGUUCCUGGACCGACAAAGCUUCGAGGAGACGGCAUUCUCGACAAACCUCGCGCAGACGUUGGAAACAACCCCCGCAUUCUCUGCUCUUUAUCAUGCAGUACUUGCAUUGGGAUGUCAGUACCAUGAUGGUGGAUCCUUUGACCCCGGAAAGGGUAAAGCAUGGAAGUUCUUCCAAAUGUCACUAGGCCUGAUGGCCGACAUCCUCGUGCCACGAGAAUCGCUGCUUAACCUGCAAGCUUUGACUGCUAUGUCCAUCUUUGCCAUGAACACCUGUUGCCUGCAGAUUGACGAAAUCCUAAUCAUGGAAGCGGCGCGGAUGGCGCAGGCCCUCCGAUACCACCGAGCCAUCUGUAGUGGAGAGCAGCAAGUGUGGUGUCUACGCACAUUCUGGGUCAUCUACGGCAUGGAAAAGCAGUUAGCAUUUCAGAACAGGGAGAACUCAUUGAUCGCAGAUUAUAACGUAGGGUGUCCAAUCCCAGAAACACCUGAGGCCAGCUUUGAGGACUAUAAUUGGUUUUUGUCCAGCAUCCGGUUUGCCAGGAUAACGUCACAAGCAUAUGAGCUUCUGUUCUCCAUUAGUGCCACUCAGAAUGUCACAGAAGCAUACUACACAACGAUUGAUUAUGUCCAGGAGCGCCUGGAGAAAUGGCGACUGACCGUGCCUGCAGGAUUUCGACCGGGAGAGUCUUGUCCUCCACAGACCUUCAUCGAUCCUGUGUCUAAAAUGGUCGCUCUCCAGACACACUACUCCUACUACAGCAUGGCCAUUGCUUUGGCGCGUCUCACUUUGCAGAUCGGCUCUGACGAUGGUGCGCGACAAGAACACAGCAGACGAAAUCUGAUGGCUUCUGCCCGACGGAUAAUUGAGCUGACUCAGUAUAUUGACAAGGCACCCCAUACACCACUUUCUAUCCUUGCCAUAAUGCCGCUUGUAGCCCUCUUCAUACUUUUCGACUUUGUCGUCCACAAUCCCACACACUCGGAGACAAAGACUAAUUUGGCAAUGCUUGAUAUUGUUUCAGGGCACUUCGCUCUUCUCGAGCAUGCAUCCAACGGCUCAUUGCCCUGUUCAUUGGUCUCGGAGUUUGCCCAUAUAGCGCGACAGCACGUCAAAGAUGUCAACGGUGGACGUGGCCCCGCAGACAUGAUGGAGACCCCGCUUACCCCAACGCAAAGGCCUUGCCGUGGCCAUAUCAGGACGGGAGCAGGCGCCGCGAGUAACACGCAAAUGCCAAUAGCAAUGGAAGGGAACAUAUCUGAUGGUCAUCGACCUAAUGUUGAACUCAGCGGAGAGUUCGAACCGUACAAGCACACAGAUAGCGUCAGUGAGCCAGCAGACCCACUAUACUAUGCUGCAAUGGAUGCCAGUUUCGACUUCGGGAGCGACCCUCUGUUGCCCGGUUUUGAUCUGCGGACGUUGUUCGGGUCGGUUAUCUCGACCGGUUUUGAUUCGCCUGAAGAUGCCUCCGGUUUUGGUGGGAUCAUGCCGACACCUCCAACAUAAUAUCGGCGACGUGACAGAUGCCCCAAGAAUACGUCUCAUCACGAUGCUCCGCUGCGACAUGGCAUAGAAUUGCCUAUUGCAAUGGAUUUCGAAAUAUGUGAUGUGUAUUAGUUGACCUAGC